AUGUCCCAGACCCAAGAAUCACCCGAGCAAAGUGACAUGUCAGCACAGGAUUCUAAGCCAGUGGUCAACGAAGCUGAUCUCAAAACCACCGCUGCUAUGAACAACUCCGAGACGACAGAACUUCCGCUAAGGCCGAAAACGAACACCACCGCGUCCACUGAGACUCGUGAUUCAGCUCAACCCACUCAGCAGCCCGUGGCAGGCGAAGGGGACGAGAAUGGUGGUGACCAAGAAGACCAAGACGGUCAUGACUACGGCGAAGUGACCAAUGUUCCCCCAGCCGAGAUGAAAAAGAAGAAGAAAAAGAAAAGGAGCAAGCCAGCGAGUAAACGCGGGCCGACCAAACCCACUGGGUUUGAGGACUACUUCGCAGACCCUCCCUUGACACCAGAAGAGCAUGCUGAGGAGCAAGAAAUCUAUCAUCCCGGUCUUCCCUUCGUGGACAGAAUCACUACAGCCAUAGCACGCUUCGAAAGAACCCGGAAACUCGCUCCCGAGCGUAGUGAUGUCCUGUACAAAUAUCUCAUCUACGGCGGCUUGGCAAGAACCAACAAUGUCGGCCAAGGAGGCCUCGACACCGAAGGCAUGGACAAGACCCAGGCCGCACUUGCACUCUCCCAGGUUUGGAUCAGUGAGGACAAGCGAGACCUGGGCACUGAGACCAGUGUCUAUGCGGUCGACUUCCUCGGCUGUGUCAAGGGUUUCUUGAGCCGUCGCGUGAAGAACUGUCUUGGUCUCGACACCGAGGACGAGGUCAAUAUGAUCUGCACCACCCUGGAGAGAUUUCUGGACUACCUCCUCCAGCACGACGUCUGUCCCGAAUACCACGAGGACGUGCUCGCCGCACGCGCGCUGUGCCGCAAGGCCGCCCCCGAGCUCUGGGACAUGUACGAAGCGACGCGCCGCCUGCCGGGCGAGUUCAACAUUGCAUGCUCGAGCAUCUUCGACGGCAGCUACUCGCGCGACUACGACGGAGAAACAUGGUGGGGUGAUCCAAACACCGACGGACCCGUCUUCGUGGGGUUGAAGCCUGAAGAAGCACAGCAGAUCGUCAAGUUCGGCGUAGCAGGUGCCGCUGCCGAGGAGAUCUAUGCCGCAUUUCUCUCGGGAGUGCAGGGCACCAGUCCCAAAAUGUUGGAGGUCGUCGACACGCACGAACGCACGGGUUUUGAAAUCACCCGCUUGGAGCCUCCCACCAGGGAAUGCGAACGGAUCUACACAACGUACUCGCAGCACUUCCGCCCCGUAGGCCGCGUCUACGCCAAACCAUGGAAGAACCCGGACGCUGCCCCCGAAGACCUCACGCCGUCUGAACAGCAAGAGCAUGCAUUAUUAUCCACGUCGUCCAUCUCGUCGUCUGACCACCUGCAGGAUGGAGGGAUUGAAUACGUCUUCUUCAUCGAAGCAAUCCUCCAGUCCUGCCUGCGCGUCGGCACCAAAAUCGAAGCCACGGUGCGAACUUUGGGAUGCGGCAUCAUGUUCUUCGACGAGGUGCUGAAUGUGUACCCCACAUUCGACGAGUUUCUGGUCAACGAGUUGAUGGUGGGGUGGAAGUCGCCUAAGCCCGUCAAGGGCGCGUUGGACUAUGUUGCUGGGGAUUACAGUGAUGGCGGAGGAGAAGACGGCAGUGAUGGUGAUGGUGAUUGA